CAAUACACUCGAAUGGCAAAAUAAAGUGAAACUGCUGCGGAACUGCGUUGUACAGAUUUUCCAUUUAUAGUAUUGAGAAAAAUAUUUUGUUAAAUCACAUCAAAUUAAAACCUAAUUAACUAUAGCUUGAGCUGCGAGAAACUUCACUGAAGCGAAGACAACAUCAAGAACGGCCCAAGCCACAAGGCAUUUAAAAUGGCUGACGAGUAUAUGCCAGAUGUCAGCAUGAUGGACACAAUUGUGCCCGCCAUACUUGGCCUCACCGCUGCAGCAGUAUUGUCGACGGUGGCCUGCAUCUGUGCCAAGCAGAUGCGCAUACGGAAUAAGAAGCAGAACCAUCAUGAUGCCUCAUUCCCAUUCCAACCGACGCGACGUCCGACUGCAGUUCGGUCUCCAAGUGGACAGCCGCCGCAUUAUCUGAAGAAGUCACCAUCACCAACCGGAGGAAAGCAGAUGGGUUUGCUUUCGCCCAUGCAGGAUCAGUCGACAUCGCCGAUAGCGCCACAGAAUGUGAAAUAUACCGAAGAGGAUGAGGUGCCGAUGGCACAACAAGCUCACCAUCAGCAGCAAUCCAGCAAACUGAAUGUCGUGGACAAUGUCAAGCAGCAUAAUCAUCAUCAUCACUCGCCGGUGGAGACAAUUGCCAAUGGCAAUGUGACCAUAACACUGGACGAAUCAAUGACCAAUGGCAAGGAGCUUACUAUUACCGAUCAGUAUGGCAAACUGGGCACUAUUUACUUCAAGCUUCGUUAUUUGGCCGAGCGCAAUGCACUCAUGGUAUCCAUCAUUCGCUGCCGCGGCUUGCCUUGCAAGGGUGGCAUAAGCGGAACCGGAGACAUACCCACGGGCAUGAAUGGACGCACACAGGCUGCAACCGAUCCGUAUGUAAAGCUUCAGCUGUUGCCGGACAAGCAGCACAAAGUGAAGACCCGCGUUGUGCGAAACACACGGAAUCCGGUUUACGAUGAGGACUUCACUUUCUACGGCCUGAACAUGAAUGAUCUGCAGAACAUGAGCUUGCACUUUGUUAUUCUCAGCUUCGAUAGGUAUUCGCGUGAUGAUGUAAUCGGUGAGGUGGUGUGCCCCCUGUCAUCCAUUGAGAUUGGCGACAUAUCGAAAGAAGCCCUGUCGAUUAGCAAGGAAAUUCAGCCCCGAAGCCUGAAGAUACGUGCCCAAGGACGUGGUGAACUGCUCAUCUCGCUCUGCUGGCAACCGGCAGCUGGACGUUUGACCGUCGUUUUGCUAAAGGCGCGAAAUCUGCCGCGCAUGGAUGUCACCGGUCUGGCUGAUCCCUAUGUCAAGAUCUAUUUACUAUACAAUGGUCAGCGCAUUGCCAAGAAGAAGACACACGUGAAGAAACGCACUCUGAGUCCCGUAUUCAAUGAGAGUUUCGCCUUCGAUAUUCCCGCUGCCGAGGGCACUGGCGCCAGCUUGGAGGGCGUCUCAUUGGAGCUGAUGUUACUCGACUGGGAUCGCGUGACCAAGAAUGAGGUUAUUGGACGUUUGGAACUUGGAGGACCAACCUCGAGCAGCACCGCUUUGAACCACUGGAAUGAGGUAUGCAAUUCACCCCGUCGUCAAAUUGCCGAAUGGCACAAGCUGAAUGAGUAAUCGGUUAAUCCCUAACAAUUUGGGGCAGCGACGCGGCGCGGCGCUGGCGCCGCAUUCCCAAAACAAACAAUAGGCAACCGAACUUGUUUUCUUAAAUAGUUUUACAAUAUUUUGUAUUAAACCAUUUUAUUUUAUACAUUGUGGAUACAUUACCAAAAUCAUUUUGACUUAAAAAAAAAUACUCAAUUAAGCAUUACAUUAUAUUUAUCAGUUUAUUGCGAUUGAUUUAUGUGAACCAAAUUAACAUGCAAAAUAAAUGCGCAACGUGAAGCAGAGAAUUAUAUAUACCAAACAAAAAGAAAACUAAGUAAAUUAAAUGUAUUAGAAAAUGUUUAGUAAGUAACAGUGCAUGUAAAUGUAAGAUAAUUAUUGAUUAAUCGUGGCAUACACAUUUGAGAUUAUUGAACGCUAAAACAGGUACACAUACGUAAACCAUGAUUCAACCUUAAUUUUGUUGCUGUAUAAAAAUCAUAUUCUAUAUUUUAUUCUAUUACAUUGCUAAUUGGUCAAUAGAUCCAAUAAUAUCGAAGAAAAUGCUUUAUCAUUAUUCAAUUUACGGAUUACCUUAUUACCUGAUGAGAAGAAUUUUUUAGUCCAGUUUGUCAAUACUGUGCCCACCAUAAAAUACAUUAAAGCAUAUAGUAUUUGUUUAUUUUGAAGAAACAAAUGACUUAUUAUGUAUACAUGUGUAUUAGAAACAUAUUAAAUAAUCAUUAAAGUGUAAGCCGAAAUCUCCAAAAUUUGUAUAAUUUUAUCAAACUCAGUACUUAGUUUGAAACAACAAAAAAAAAAAAAACAAAAAAAAAAUGGAAAUAAAACAAGUGUAUUAGUGCUUUACCGAAAAUCGAUAAGUGUAUCCGGAGAGAAAAAUGCUUACUGCUUAUGACACCCUCUAUAAAAAUACAUAUUGUACGUACUUUAAAAAACCGAAAUCAAAAACCAUAAGACAAGAAAUGGAAACUUGAGAAAAACACGCAGCAAAUUGCUUAGGCACCAAGAAGCUACAAAUCAUACACCCGAGAACGAACAAGUCAAAAAGAAAACCCAAUAACUAUACAACACAAUAGAAUAAUACUUAUAAGAUGACCGACAUACAUAAAUGUGUAGAAUCAAGAAUAAAUUAUAUAAUAUAGAGAUACGAAUACAUAGAAUGCUCAAUAUGGAGACAGCCCAAAGCAAAACAGAAACAAUUAUUUAUAUAGCGGCACCAACUGCAAGUACUUCUAAAAUACUUCAAAGAAAAUCUAAGCAUAGCUUACACCGCAAUUCCAACAACAAUUCAACACUCUCUGAAAAUACUAAAUCAGAACAUACAAAUAUGAAAUCUGCUCCUAUACGUUAUAUUUUGUAAAAUGUUGAAUGAAAACAUGCAAAAAAAAAAAACAGAAAAACUGAAAAUAAUAAAAAAAAGUUGCGAGCACAAAAGACAUACUAGAAUAAAAAUAACCAUAAUCAAUAAUACACAAAAAAAAAAACAAUUUCAAUUUGUGUCCACAAUCAAACUUCAAU